AUGAUGAAAGGUUGGCAUCACGCAAUUACAAUCUUCGACUCUAUUGACAAAGCGCUGAACUGGAUCAGCCGAAUCGACUUCACCCAGCCGCUUAGCCCGGACUACACUAUUGAAGCAGACCAUGAGAUACCAAGCAAGCUUAAGCAGCUACAGAUUCGCUCUGACUCGACCUUGCUGCCAGAGGGUCACUCGGGGACGAGUGCAUCGGACGGCUUUGUCGGGACCCUGGACUCGUGGGACGUCACUUUCGACGUUGCGCCUUGCGUUCCUGCCUUCACGUGGACGAAUCUGUCGUCCAUAGCAACGGGAACGGCCCCGACCGCGCGGUUCCAGCACUCGGUUGUCGUAGUCGGGAGCAGUAUGUUCAUCUUCGGAGGCACAGCGGGAGGUACUGGCUCGGAACUGAGCGACUUGUAUCGACUGGAUUAUACCCCCAGUGUGGCGCUCGGUGUCGCGCCAACUGCUCGAUGGACGCAACUUGCGUCUCUGACCGACAGAGAAAGCCCCAGUAUCGCUGAGAGGAGAGUUCAUGCAGGACGGGCAACGUUGCUGACUCCGUUUGAGUUGAUGGCUGUCGGGCGUGGACUCAAGUCUCCUCGACGAGCGUCUCUCGGGUCCAGGACGGCGAUGGCAGCUUCUCGCUUCGAGUCGCAACUGGACGUUCGUUUGAAGCGUCUCGAAGAUCUGAUCGACGGAUGGAGAACUGUCGCUACUGCAUCUGGAGAGGAUGAGAGCGCUCUUGACGAACAGCGUCCUGUGCCUCGGUACUGGGCUGCUAGCGCCUUUGUUUCCUCACUGCCAGGUAGUAAGGUGCCGCGUGUAUUCCUGUUCGGCGGCCAAGAUGACACGACGCUGCUGGACGAUCUCUGGAGUCUGGAACUGGCUCAGCUAGAUGAGGAUUUCCCUCAAGAUCGUCGAAAGAGUCAACGGAUCAGAGCGUCCACCAACCACUGGCUGGCCGCGUCCGCUGUUUGCUUUUCAGCUUCAUUCGCGAAUCUGCGUCGGAGACCACAAGCGCAUCGAAUUGCUGCCAGCGGGCAAGUGUUCAUUGGCAGCAAUUCGUCAGCGGCACCUCGGUAG